CCAUGUUCAUGGUCCAAAUUAGGAUUAGGUUAGGUUAGGUAAGAUUAGUUUAGGUUAACUUGACUUUUUGACGCGUUUGACAGAACCAAGAACGACGACAGCCGCAGGACGGUGGGAAUCGGUAGAAAUCGGACGGUGUAGGAAAUAGUGAAUAACGCGCUUGGUUUUACAUGAGUACUUGAGAUUUUAUCAAUCGUACCGAACUGCUAACAAACUUAUCAUUUCAUGGAAAAUAUCGCGCGCACGAUAUUUCAAGAUCGCAAUAUAGUGGACAAAACUGCAUUCCAAGGUCUUGAAAAGUCAACGGUACAAAAUGAAGCCUUUAAUUGAAUUCGAGGAAUGCUUACGAGAUACUCCCAAGUUUCGAUCAUGCAUCGAAGAAAUGGAGAGAAAUGUGGAUCAACUUGAACAAAAGUUAGAUAAGGUAUUAAAAAAUUGCAGUCUAACUAUUGAUACAGGGAAAGCUUUUGUCGGACAGCAAAAUCAAUUUGCCAAUAGUCUAUGGGAGUUAUCUUUGUACUUUAGUGAUAAUCCAGAAAUAAUGGCAUUUUUAAACAAGCUUAUUCAUGCUUUACAAGAAAUGAACAAGUAUCAUACUAUUUUAUUGGAUCAAGCUUCUAGAACUGUGAUGAAAGAUCUUAAUAAUUUUAUUAAAAAUGAUAUCAAGAGAGCGAAAGAGACUCGGUAUUACUUUGAAAGAAUUUCCAGUGAUCUUGAUAUUGCAUUGAAUCGGAAUUCUCAAAUACCGAAAUCACGACCUGUAGAAUAUGAAGAAGCAUCAAAUAUUCUAUCGGCUACUCGAUCAUGUUUUCGACACACUGCGUUAGACUAUAUUCACGCACUGACAAUGUUGCAAGCACACAAACGACACGAAAUAUUAGGCACAUUACUCAGCUAUAUGCAUGCAUGUAUUACUUAUUAUCACCAAGGUAGCGAUCUUGCUCAAGAUUUAGAUCCUUUUCUGAAAGAUCUUGAUGAAAAUUUAGUUAAGAUGAGAACUGAUUCGAAUAAACUUGAAAAAGAAAUGGAAAAUCGUCAUAUUUACGUUAAUAAUCGAGAUAUGAUCCCCACUCUGCUAUCGGGCAAUUCCAAGAUGGAAGGCUAUUUAUUUAAAAGAACCAGCAAUGCUUUUAAAACUUGGAAUAGAAGAUGGUUUUGUUUGAAGAAUCAUCAACUAGUAUACCGAAAACGAAUAGGUGACGAAGAAUAUACGAUUAUGGAAGAAGAUCUGCGAUUAUGCACCGUGAAACCUGUAGUUGACUGUGAGAGAAGGAAUUGUUUUGAAGUUUUAAGUCCGACAAAGAGCCAUAUACUACAAGCAGACAGCGAGGAAACGUAUUUGGCAUGGGUAACUGCGAUGCAGCAAGCUAUUGGUGCUGCGAUUCAAAGAGGUAUGAGUGUAGCCACCAAUAUUAAUCCAAACAAACAAUCACGUGAUAAUAAGAGUCCUACAAAACUUCUAACAAAACCAAAAUCAAGAGUAUGGGAGCAAUUGUUAAAGAUCUCGGGCAAUGAGGUUUGCUGUGACUGUGGCGAUGUUAAUCCACGGUGGGCUAGCAUUAAUCUGGGCAUCACGCUUUGCAUAGAAUGUUCUGGCGUACAUAGAAGUCUUGGGGUGCACUAUAGCAAAGUUCGAUCCUUAACUCUGGAUGAUUGGGAGCCAGAAAUACUUAAGGUGAUGGCAGAAUUAGGCAAUUCCGUGGUAAAUAGCAUAUACGAGGCUCUACCUAUACCUUCCGACAUUACUAAAGCUACACCAAAAUGCAAUGGUAACGUUCGAGAAGCUUGGAUAAAGUUCAAGUAUGUAGAUCGUAAAUUUGUAAAACCUUUGACUGAUGUGAUACCAACUGGCCAGCCUCAUGCUAGUCGAGAGCAAAUGCGAUUUCGAAAAUGGAGCGUGCGUAAACUACGUCGCAGACCACGUAGUUGUGAUAAAAUCGAUAAUAGUAAUGCCAAUAAAACGUCAACAUUGUCAUCUGUAAGAGAAAAUCAUCCUUCCACGAGCUUGGACGAAAGCAAACCCACAUCAAUCGACAGUUUGAAUACCGUUGACAAAGUGAAGAAAAUUGAACGAAACUUCAUAGCUUCGGAUGAUAGUGCCGAUAUGGAUUUGAGAAAUAACUCUACUCUUUAUGGAAAGAUCUUAAAUCGUUCACAGAACGACUUGAAUGAAACUAAUAAAUACAUUAGGAAUACGACUGCAAAUCAUGAAGAAAUUGCAAAUAGCGAGCUGCUUGCACAAAAGCUUAAUUCCGUAGAAUGCGAAAUGGAUACAUUAACAGUGAAUAUUAAUACGCUUUCAGUCGGCGAAUCGGACGAUAAUUCCAAUAGAUGUACCAAUAAUAAAGUCACAAUUGAUAAUAAAAACGUUUCAACAAAUGAACAUCUUGGAUCACAUCCAGAGAAGCAACGUAAUGAAAAAACCGAAUUAGCUGUAUUAAAGUUUGGUUGCGAUUUACCGAAACCUGCUAUUGAUGAUAAUUUAGAAUUAAGUUCUGAUCAAGAUUCAACGGCUGGUGAAGAUGAAGAAUUUACUGAUGAAGAAGAUAUAGAAAAUCUGCAUCCUGAGAUGCUGCUUUACAAAGCUGCAGCAGCGCACAAUUUACCUGUAAUGUGUGCGGCAUUAGCGGCCGGUGCUGAUAAAUUGUGGUCUAAUGUUAAUGAUAAAAGUCGCAGUGCUCUGCAUCAAGCGAUAAUAAGUGGUUCCGUUAUGUCAUGUGAGUAUCUCCUUUUAAAUGGUGCACGUAUCAAUUGUCAAGACGCCGAGGGAAAAACGCCAUUGCAUUUAGCGACAGAAUUAGGACAUACUGCACAAGUAUGCUUACUUCUUAAACAUCGUGCUGAUCAACAUAUUGAGGAUGAAAGUGGAAUAAAACCUUUGUCGAUUGCUGUAAAAGAAGCAAAUGCUGAUAUUGUUACUUUGCUAUCUAGAAAUCAGGCGACUUUAUCAUAUUAUCAUUAAUUUAAACACGUGUAAUGUUACGAAUUAUUAAUGUUAAUCAGUAAGUAAAUCAGGACUUUCUUGUGGAUAAUUUUUAGCAUAUUUAGGAUUUGUCCGUAUAAUGAUGUAUAAUGAUAUUUAUAUACAUAUAAACUAUUGAACAAUUUUUGUCAAUAAAAUUGUUUUUAAAUUAUUUAAAUUUUAUUCGAGAAAAAGUUAUAAAAGGUUUAUUUUUAAAUAAUUUAAAUUUUGUUCGAGGAAGAGUUAUAAAAGGUUUUCACUUUCUAUUGACUUUAAAUUUAACUAGUAUUGCAAUUUUAAUAUAAAUUGUAUGAAUUUAAGGAAACAACUAAAGGAUUUUGAAGAAAUAACAAUUUUGAUCUUCUAUAUUUGGACACAAAUAAUAAAUGUAGGUAACAUGAAUAGUAUAAUUUUUUUGACGUACAAUAUUGUGUACAAAAUUUAUUAUGCAAUAGAAAGCUGUCAUUUUGCAUAAAUUUUUUGCUUGUAUGUAUGCGUGCGCGCGCGCGUGUGUGUUUCAUCACUUUUUUUACACACGGAAAUAUACUUUUCUAUGCUUGAGAUGCUUCGGCGUUAUUAGCUAUUAUUAGUUAUUCAUUCAACUUGUUCACUUCUGCAUAAUUUGAUACUGACUCGUCAUUUGAUCCACAAACUAAGCAUAUAUGUUUUUGAUAAAGCAUGAAAAUGCAUCGUUAAACAAGCUUUGCAUAUAUUCGAAGAAACGUAAAUAUCGACCGAAAAAUCAUUAAUAAAUGUGUCUCUCUCUUUCGGCAGUAAAAAUAUUUUUAAAUUAAAUUUAAAAACUUAUUUAAUCGUUUACUUCUAUUUUCAAAAAGUAAGUCAACAUUAGGAGACCACAGUAUGAAAAAAAGUUAAGAAUUUAUUAGGAUUUGUUUUACACUGUCUUUGUUAUUUUUGUUAUUUUAGCUUAAUAUUAUAAUAAAAAUAUACACAAAAGAAGAGCAUAGCAAUAUAUUUUUAGAUUUUUUAGUAAUAAAAAUCUCAAAACUAAAAUUUUCAUAAGUAAAAGGUGAAAUUUCCUCUCCAUUGGAACAUACAUUAGACUGUCUAAUACUAUUUUGUAACACAAGUGUGAUAGUUACUUUCAACGUAAAUUUGUUUGUUGAAAAUAAAUUCGUUGUUCAAAUUGAAUUAUUACGUGAGAAUUUUGCAAAAAGUGUAAAAAUCGAAAAUGUUAAAAACUACAAUUUUAAAGGUUUUCCUAACGUUGCAGCACCAGCAGUAAAUUUUUUUCUAAAUUUCCUAAUACACGUAAGCAUCAAUACUCUUUAGCUUUAAAAUCCAAUUUAGAUUCUAACUGAGAAUUUCCCCGUUUAUUUAUAAAAACUUUAGUUAAAAAAUUUUUAUUGCAAAAACUAUAUUAUGUCUUUUUUUGUGUUUAUUUCUAUUCCUAUAAUAUCCUAAAAUAAUAAAGCUUGUAUUUGAUUAACCUUAUAAUCACUUUUUAAACAAAUUAUUAAUGUGCUCAUCUAAUUUUCUGCAUUGAAUAUUAUUUAAAUUAAAAUAAUAUUUUAUACUUAUAAUUAUAUUCACACAUUACUUUUUUAUUUUUUAAAAUCAAUUAUGAUUUAUAUAUUUAUGUUUCUGUAAUUGUUUAGCUCUCUGUAAAUAAAGUUUUAGUAAGAAAUAUUGGUUAACUCUUCACGGAAAAGAAGGAUCAAAAUAUAUUAAUCUCUUUGUGCCUUUUUAUAGUUAAUUAAAAAAAUUUUGAUGCGUGUUUGUAAAAUGGAUAAAUGUCUCAUCGUUGUAGUUAUCGGUGCGUGUGUCACGCAUAUCAAAUUUAUCAAAGACCCUUUUUAUUUUUUUCUUUUACAACGAAAGAAUGCAAUGUAUCUCCGACAUAAAUCAUAACUUUAUCGAGCAAGCAUAUAUCGCGUUGGAAAAUUUAUUACAUUGAAGAUUUUGAAUGAA